CAGAAUUUUCAUUUUUGAGUGAACUAUCCCUUUAAUCCGAAAACAUAAUACGUUAAUUCCAGUAGGUGGCGGUAUAUGAAUAAAUUUAAUUUCACUGCUGCCCAGAUUUUAAAAUGAGAGAAUAUCUAAAUGCAAGUCGGGUGUACAAAAAACAUCAUAUGAAAAUGAAUGAGAAUAUUUUCUUGUAAACAUUUAAGACCUUUAAACUGAACAUAAAGAGGUUUCAUUUUACAGUAUAGUAGAAAAUGUAGGAAUUGUUAAAAUCACGCCCCAAUUUAAUAUUAAGCAAAUUUACCGAAACUCACGUUGAAAUUUAGAAAGUGAAGCAAAGUUCGCGAUACAAUCAAUAAAGAAAGUUUUUUUUUUUUUAAAAACUAAAACUCUUAUUUUGUAGACUGUUGUUGCGAACUCUGGUUGAGUCUCUUAUUUUAAAAAACUCUUCGUCUGUCCUCCAUCAGUGGCUGUGUCUUCCUGCCGCUAGCUUCACUCGCCACUGUGCGCCUGAUUAUUUUUACGCCGUCGAGUCUGGCGGUGAAAUCCAGGUCAUCUCCGCCGGAUCACCAGGCAGCACGGCUCAGGCUUCUGCUCUCCGCGGACACAUAGUGCCAUUUCCUGAUUCCUCUUUGCAGAGUGAGCUUGCAGUCUGAAGGAUGAGGUGGGGCGCAUUGAUUAGCAUGCUGCUAUGCUGAGAAGAGUUUAUCCACCCAGGACGAGCGGCAGCAGUUACAUGUUCCCUUCCUGAAUCAGCUAUCAGACACCUGCUCUGAAUCAAGUACCUGUCUGGAUCUUACCCUCACACACAGCUAUGGCUGGCUGGCUCUGGCUGGGAGGGUAAUCGGUGCGCUGGUUGCCCUGGCAACCCCACCCUGAUUCCUGCUGAAUAGAGCCCUAGUCCGUCACUGAAGACUUUUUAGCCCCCCUCCACCUUUCUUCUGAGUUUAUUUGCCCUUUCGUGGAGGUAAAGGGCAGCGGCCAAGGCAGGAGCCAUGGACAUGUGAGGUGAGAAUGGCAGCACGGCGGCUGUUCGGCCCCCAGGAGCCCUCAGGCAAUCGGAGCCAAUAACGUGGGUGCCCACACACACACACAUACGGGCCGAGCGGCGGGAGCAGUAUGCAGGAGGCUGACCUACCGGCCACCAAUGCUUUCACAGAGUGCAGAUUCCACUGCGCUAAUGGAAGAUGUCUGAACCUGGGCUCGCAGGUCUGUGAUCAGCUCAACCACUGUGGAGACAACAGUGAUGAGGUGCACUGCCCCAUCUCCACCCAGCAUCCUGCAUCUGCCAUCUUCAGCUCUGAACUGGAGUUUGUGCAGAUCGUGAUCAUAAUCGUCGUGAUGACUGUGAUGGUCGUAGUGGUUGUGUGCCUGCUCAACCACUACAAACUCACCACGUGGUCGUUCCUGAGCCGGGCAAGUCAGGCACAGAGUCAGGAUCUCUCUCUGCAGACGGAGGGUUCUUUGUGGCCAUCAGAUAAUGGGCUGAGACAAGGAGCAUCUGAGGUGGUUUACGCUCCUCAGCCAAGGGACCGUUUCACCGCUCCCACUUUCAUGCAGCACAACCGCUUCAGACGUUUCCAGCCUACCUACCCAUACCUGCAGCACGAGAUCGAUCUGCCACCCACCAUCUCGCUGUCAGACGGAGAGGAGCCGCCGCCGUAUCAGGGCCCCUGCACACUGCAGCUGAGAGAUCCCGAACAGCAGCUCGAGCUCAACAGAGAGUCCGUACGUGCCCCGCCCAACCGGACCAUCUUCGACAGCGACCUCAUUGACAUGCACAGUUCAGGGGGUGGCGGUGGGCCGCGACCUCCCAGUAGCAACUCUGGGAUCAGCGCCACCAGCUCCAGUACCCAUGGACGCAUGGAGGGCCCUCCGCCUGCUUAUAGUCAAGUAAUUGGGCAGCAUUCGGGCAUCGUACUUUACCUCCACCAGCACAGCAAUAACCCGCCCGUCCCUGUCACUGUGCAGACUCCGCCCAGGGGCCAGACAGAUUUAAACAGCCCAGAGAGCACAAUAGCGCUAAGCAAAGACCCACAAAGGGAGGAGCUAGUGUGAGGGGGUGGGGCUAGCACACGAUUGGCCGAUCGCAAUCACUCUCCACCCAUAAAGGGAACAGGUUCUCCCUCUUGACACUCCCGUGCACAACAGCGCUUAAUGUGUCUUCGCAACAAAAGCGAAACCAUGUGUUUAAAAAAAAAAAUAAGAAUAUGGAGCUGAGCUUACAAAAGAAAACAUUUCAUUCGUUUUCUGUCAGACCAGCUACGCUAAAACUGGGGUUUAUGCACUGCCUGGAGUCUCCACCUUUAUUGCUCUGUAUUACUUGUGUAUAGCCGACAAAUUUAGAAAAAGUAAUUCGCACACAAGACAGGCUUUUUGUUGUUGUUAUUCUUGUUGGUUUUAUCGUUGAAUCCCCCUUGAACGCCCCCUCCUGCCCAACCCACACGUGACAUACUAGCUGUGUGGAUAGUAAUUUCUUUUUCUUUUCUUUUUUUUUUUUUAUUUAAAGACCGAGAUCUGUGCAGCAUGAACAAAACAAAUGCGAAAAAGGGUGAAAAUCCAAAUCCUAGUGCCAAGGUUUAUGCGAAAGGUGUCAUGGGCGUUGACUGUCUUAAAGACUUGUUAUACAUUUAAAUUGAAAACCUUUUCUGAACUUUUGCACUAUUGUUGAGGUUAAUCAGAGAAAUUUGCGAAUGGGGUAGUGGGGGGGUGAUGUAUGUGUUUACUGUUUGUACUGUCGUUUUCAUGUAGAUCCUAUCAUAUGCUUCAGUGCGAGCUUUCUACCGAAAGGGAAGUGAUCUUGUCUGUCUCAGCACAAGAAAAAUCUCUGAUCCAGCCUAAAAUAACCUUGAUCUAAAAGAGGCACAGAAUACAGAGAGUCUGCUCUACUCUCAUCUAUCCUCACCACUGACAUGUUCAGCCGCUUUCACAGACUCCAGCUGAUCUGAGGUCAGUUGGCUGGUGGCACGGUUGACAUUUUGCCUAAAAAGAAACUCACUUUACUUAGAGAUCCGAACAGGUUUUGACAUGUUAUGAGAUUGUCGCUUAUUCUAAAGAGGUUCUCCAACCUUUUUCUCAUCAACUCUUUUUUGUUAUUAUCAUAUAUUUAUUAUAAAAUUCAUAUAUAGACAGAAAUAAUAAACUCUUAAUGGUAUUUUCUCUAUAGACUCCAAUGAAACUAUAAUAAUUAUAAAUAAUAAUAAUAAUACAUCUGUCUCUCUGUGUGUGUGUAUAUAUAUAUAUAUAUAUAUAUAUAUAUAUGUAUAUAUAUAUAUAUAUAUAUAUAUAUAUGAGAUUUGAUUAUGAUAUUUUAUGGGAUUUUCUUUCCUCAUUAGAGUCUGUCAAGAAAAUAGCAUCUUUACAAUUUUAAGGUCACCAUUUCAUGCUCUUUGCACCGAAUGAACCUAUAAAAUAAUCCAGUUCUCUAUUGUAGUGCAUUUUAUUUGAUCUUGAGUCACUACCUGAUAACAUUUUCCACACUUUUUGUUUGGGUUUUUACCUCUUACAGACAAUACCAGAACAUAGACAUUCAUUGGCAUAAUCUUCUAAUCAAAAUGCCAAUGUGGUCGAAGGAUUAAAAAAAAAAAAAACCUGUUUUGCGUGUUGUAUUAUCUAGUCCCCAACAAGAAAUAAUCAGGUUUAAAAAUGUGGUAAAGUUAAGGGCUAAUGUGAUGGGCAUUUUUGAAAAUACCUAUUUUUACCCAGCAAUCCUCUGUCCUGUUGCCUUUGCUCUCACUCUGUCACCAAUCUGAGUGAACCCGACCCUGACACCAGCUCCAGCGCGCACCAGUCCUAAACACUGAACUCUCUUCCUGUCCAUAUGUGUUCCUCUUAUUUGCCACGUAGACAUACAGUCAGGAAAUCCAAGAUCUGUACUCAGAGCGGCUCUCUGCAUUCAAUUUAAGCUUGGGUGUAAUUGAUAACAAUCAUUUAGGCCGAGAUAGAGGAUGUUGCUCUGACCAAGAAUCUGGUGCAGAGGUAGAGAAAAUCUCGAAGAAAGCCCAAAGACUCUCUUACCAGUUAGUGCACACACAUCCCUUUAAUAAGGAGACUGAAGACUGAGCCCCUGUUUUUAGUCACCACUGAGUCUGUCAAGGACAGAUGGACUUGUGAAUAGGCCUUGGUGAUUUUUUUUUUUUUUUUUUUUUUUUUUUGUGCUGGGGAUGAUGGUCAACAAAAAAAAAUCAAAAGCAACACACUCACCUUUAUAAGCUACUCUAUUUGUACUCGGAAUGUUAGAGUUGGCCAAUCAAAAUGUGUUUGAAUGCUUUUAUUUCAUGUCUGUGUUGGUUGGCUUUAUUCUUUUCUUUCUCUGCUCUUGGUGGGAUUUUUAUUUUUAUUUUUUUUGUCUAUGUGGACAUAAAUAAUGCUGUCUGGACCCGUGUGCUCCAAACUAGACUAAACAGAUCAACACUCUCCUCUUUCUAGAACCACAACAAACUGGGCUAGAUUUGGAAUUUUAGAAUCUUAGCAGUUACAUACCUUGGCAAAAAUGAUGGAAUCACCACAUUCACCCAGCUUUUUUGCUAUAAAGCAAAUGAACAAAUGACAGAUAUGACACAAAACAAUGUCUGUUUAAUAGCUGAUCAUUGUGGUUUUAUGAAAUAUACCUCAAACAAAUUAAAUUAGUUUUUUAAUUAAUGGCAUAGUUUUACAGAAUAAGUAGAGGAAAAAACGCAGAAUUACUUAAAAUGUUGUAUAAUGCUGUAAAUGCUACUAAUUUAAAUAUGUUUGAGGUAUGUUUCACAAAAUCAAAAUUUUCAGCUAAACAAAAAUGUGUUAAUUUGAUAUGAAGUAAAAAAGCUGGUGAAAGUGUGGUGAUUUUAUUGCUUUUGAAUGGGGCUGUAGGCUAGAAUUCUAGAAUCACUUUUAGUUUCUAGAUUUCUAGCCAAUUUAAAUGUAAUAAUCCCAUAAUUUUAAAAUCCAGAAUCCCAGAAAGUCCCAUAAGAAAGGCUAGAUUAAUUCUAGAAUUCCAGCAGCUAAACUCACAAUAGAAUUUUAGAGUGGUUUGAAUGGUGUAUAUAUGCUCUUGUCUUUCAAGCACAUGCUUUAAAAGCUCACAACUUCAUCAACACUUUGCAGAGUCCGGGAGAUGUUCCUCUCAGACCGUCUGGGAAAAUUAAACAAGGCUACAAAGAGCAAAGCAAGAGCACAAUGUCACUGCAUUCAGAACUGUAUCCUAUUUAAGAGCCCUUUCCCUGUUACCUUUCCCUCUGUUCUUUUCACUGGCUGUCUUCAAUAGUCCGUUUCAUUAGUCAGUUUGCUGCUCCCGCUGUUGCUGCUGCUGCUAUGCUGCUUCUCAUCUGCUGCACUUUUUGUUUUGCCUGUCUGUCCAUCAUCCAUCCUUGCACCAUCCUGGUAAAAAUGCUUCCCUUUGUCCUCCACAAUUUGUUUCCAUCUCAAAGAAAGAGCUUUGUGUCGUUUUCUACUGUCCAAGGAGUUUGCAUGUUACUCACAAGCUGAAUCGGUGCCUAUCGAUCGUGUUGUUUUUGAGCGACGUAGGAACCCACUUGCACUCUAAAAGUUCCCACCUUAGCUGUGCCUCACUUCCAAUGGUGCUUUCUUCUUCUGUGUAAUGUUUUUUUUUAAUCUUCUUUUAUUUGUAAGGUGCUGUAAAUAAAGUUAGUAUGUAUGCACAUAUCCUACCCAAUGGGUAGAAACCACAGAAAAAAGACAUUGUUAAUAAUGUAACAAUUUAUAGUUGAUAUAAAUAUUUUAACAUGGUGGCAACGGAUUUGUAAAUGCCUAAUGUUCAAAUGUGCUUUUUUUUUUUCUUUUUUUCUUUUUUUUUUGGCGAACAAGGAAAUUCAUUAUCAGAAAGAUGCUUAAUUAUGAAAAGACUAAACUACAGAGCAUUUCACAGAUUUUUAUCGAGUAACAUCUUGCUACGGAAAGAAAGAAAAUGCUGUUCUGGAUUAGAUAGUUUAUUUAAACACUGCCCCAACUACAAAAGGCACAUAUAUACACAUGGAUUUAUUUGACUAGUUUUUAAUCAGAAAACCAUUCUAACUUACUUAAACUAAGUCAUAAAUUGAGAUCAGCGAAUGGAAUCUAGUUAGCAGUGCCAGACUCCCACUCACAGACACAAACGCUGAGGGAUUGUGAUAUGACAGUCUUGCUUAAAACAAGUGUUCAUUUUAAUCCCAACAUGUACAUGAUUUUCAUGCCACCCUGUGUUGUGCUUCCUGUAUUUGCAAGUUUAAUAAUGAACCAAAUGAGAGAUGUAGUUUUAACAUUCUUAUUUUUGUUAUAUACUGUAUUUCAGACAUUCUUGUGUAUGUGGUGUAUAGGAGCAAAAAAAAAAAAAAUUUUAAAUUGCAAAUAUUUAUGUGCUGGUGCUCCACUGUACAGUAGCUUGUAUUCGCAUGUCUAUAGUUAUAUACCUGAAGAUAAUGUACAUAGCGAUGCCAUUUUGACUACAAGCACCUGACUAACAGCAGUUGCGACAUUUUGAGCAAUGUACCGAGAUGCUUUUGAAGCUUUAGACUUGUUUUACUCUGAUGCUUAUCGAGUGUCUGAUAACAGACAUUCAGAAUUAAAAAGCAACACAAUAUCAGACCUUUUACUCUCUAAAUUUCCCCCCGGCUCAUGUUACUUUGUAUGUUCAUGUGCGUGGACAUUUUAUAAACAUGCACAUACAUAUUUAUUUUAUUUACAUCAUUGUGUUGUAAUGCUUUUUUUUUUUUUUCAGAAAAAGUAAUCAAAACAUGUUGCUCUAAUCACUGUUAUAGUCAAACUUUUAUGCUUGUACUUCUGCUGUUGUCCAACUGCAGUUAAACUAAUAAACUAAAAGUACCAGUU